ACGUAAUGCUUGGAGUCUGAGGUCCUGACAAGCGAUAACAUUUCUGAUAAAGAACUGAGAUCACUGCAAACUAACCUCCUUUUUUCCAUCCAGUUUCAGGCGUUUUUAAUAUCAAACACAGUCACCCCGAUUCCACUUGCACAGGAGAAAUUCGAAAUCUUAGAUCCCCUCUAACAACAAAAAAGAAAUAAUACCCCGAGAUCAACAAACAAACAACACAAAGACGGUUCAUGGCUUACGCCAAAGCUCCACCAUCUUUCAGACUGCAAAGACUAUUGCAAUUUAAUCAACAGUGAGGGGAGCUUUUUCUGACAUGUACGCUGCCUGAACCUGGGGGACCACGCACACCUAUCAAGGCCUGCAAAGAAACGAUAGGAGGAAAAGCGACUGUCCAAACAAAAAUAAACACGGGGACGGGAGAAGUGGAAGAGAAAAGAAACCUCAAAGGAGGGGGAAAAACAGAAGACGAGGAAGCAUACAGAAGAACAAACACGGCAACCCGACAAUGGAAUAAAUACGUAUCCAGUAUGGGAGUGAAAUAAAAGGAUAACUGCGACGCAGGGCAAGGGCUUUGGAUAUUGUGCCAACUCUGCUAUCUGCCUCCCAGUGAAAGCUCCGCUGAUAAUGCUCUAACCCAAUGCACAGCAGAGAUAUGGUGCGGAAAAAGAACCCCCCUUUGAGGAGCUUCGGCGGUGAGGAGGAGGAGGGUGAGGCCCUGGCGGCCGAGGCCAGCGGGCCCGAGAGCGAGGACGCCGACGGCGGCGGACGGCCGGCCGAGCCCAGCAGCGCCGACGGAGAGCAGGGCCAGCGCGCCGACGUGCCCGUGGCGGCCGACGAGCCCGAGGAGCCGCCCGUCAAGCGUGCCUGGAGAGGAGGCGGCGGCGACAGCGGAGAGGCAGGCGCGCCAAGAGAGAGGCCUGGUUUCCAUUACGCCGCGGGACACAAGAAGGGCGGAAGCGGCGGUGCCUUUCCCGGAGGGGAGGACGGCGAGACAGACACCAGGCUGCUGAUUCUCACGUCCCGCGCCGACAGCGAGGCGGACGCGCGCGACAGCUCCGCGUCUCCCUCCCAGUUCGAGGAGGGGGAGACCCAGGAGCCCGGCGGCUGCAGGCUGCAGGAUGGGUGGCAGCGGACUAGCGGCGGGGUCAUUGUGCAGGGCUGCACCAGCAACGGGCAGGAGAGCGACUCGGCCACGCACAGCCCGGAGAUGGGCCACGAUGGGGAGAUGCCCCCCCUCCGCUCAUCCCUCCACUUGCGGAGGAACAGCAACGGCACUCCUGGCCUGCCAAGGACAGAGGGCACUGCUAGCCCGCCUGGCUCUGACUCGGGCAUCCCCCCAUCCUCCUCCUCCCCCAAGCUGCAGGACUUCAAGUGCAACAUCUGCGGCUACGGUUACUACGGCAACGACCCCACCGACCUGAUCAAACACUUCCGCAAGUACCAUCUGGGAUUGCACAACCGGACGCGGCAGGACGCCGAGCUGGACACCAAGAUCCUGGCGCUCCACAACAUGGUGCAGUUCUCGGCCCAGAGCCAGGGCAAGGAGGGCAGCGGGCGGCUGCUGGGGCAGGCUGGGCUCAGUGGGAGCUUACCAGACCCUACCUCCCCAAGGCCCUCACUACUCAACGGUACCUACGACGUGCAGGUGACUCUUGGCAGCACCUUCAUCGGUAUCGGUAGGAAGACGCCCGAUUGCCAGGGCAACACCAAGUACUUCCGCUGCAAGUUCUGCAACUUCACAUACAUGGGCAACUCUGCGGUGGAGCUGGAGCAGCACUUCCUGGCGACCCACCCCAACAAGAUGAAGAGCCCCCCACCUCUGCCCGCGGUGGGGCACGGCGGCGCCGACGACAAGCCCCUGUCGGAGCGCAAGAGCAACUGUGUGGUGGUGCGUGGCGGCGGCCUGGUGGGGCUCGAGGAGCACGGCAAGUGGGCGGACCGUGUGGCGGUGCGUGCCGAGGACGACUCGGUGGCGGGCUACUCGGUGCCCAUACGGCCCGCCGACCCGUCCUCGCCGACAUGCAGGACGGGCGCAGGGCCGCAGGAGGCCGGGGGCAUGGCGUACUACUGGUGCAAGUACUGCAGUUUCAGCUGUGAGGCCUCUAGCCACGGCCGGCUGCUGGAGCACUACGAGAAGAGGCACGGCCAGCCAGCCAGAGAGGGCAGCCCGGCGGAACGCAAGUCCUCCAGGGAGGGAGUCGGGGGUGACCAGGCGUCCUCGCUCCUCCAUGCCCGGAGGAAAGACAAGUCCGGCGGGGGCGGGGGCGGCGGCGGUGCGGAACCCGACGCGGUGGUGACCAGCUACAACUGCCAGUUCUGCGACUUCCGCUACUCCAUGAACCACGGGCCAGACGUCAUCGUGGUGGCGCCGCUGCUGCGCCACUACCAGCAGGCACACAGCAUCCACAAGUGCACCAUCAAGCACUGCCCCUUCUGCCCGCGUGGCCUCUGCAGCCCCGAGAAGCACCUGGGCGAGAUCUCCUACCCCUUCGCCUGCCGCAAGAGCGCCUGCUCGCACUGUGCCCUCCUCCUGCUCCAGCUCUCCCCCAGCGGUGGCGGCGGUGGCGGAGGUGCCACUCCUCCCCCGCCCCGAGCCUCGGUCACGCACCUGUGCGACCAGUGCCCAUUCGCCACCACCGACAUCGACCUACUGCUCAUGCACUCUGAAGCGCACACCAUUUCCGCCAUGACGGACAUCAAGCCCGAGGAGGAGGGCAGUGGCGGCGAGCGGGGGUCGAAAGGGCAGUCGUUGUCCGAGCACUCCUGCACCAAGUGCCCCUUCUUCACCGAGGUGGAGGAGGAGAUCUUUCGCCACUACAGGAGGGUCCACGGCUGCUGCAAGUGCCGUCACUGCAGCUUCACGGCGGCGGACACGUCGGCCCUGCUGGAGCACUUCAACACGGCGCACUGCCCGGACCCGGCCCAGCCCGGCGGCGCCAGUGCCAGCGGCGCGCCCACCAACGGCUGCUCGGCGCCCUCCACCCUCAGCAUCAAGGAGGAGAGCAAGGGCGACCUCAAGCUCUACAGCCUGGCGCCGCCCGAGGGCCGGCCCGCCGAGUCGGGCCCCGGCACCGAGGCCGGCGUCAAGAGCGAAGCCCGCCGCUACCGCCCUGCCCUCCCGGUCAGCGCCGGGGACCAGGUGCAGAGCCUGGUGUGGGUGCCCAAGGAGCGGGCGCGGGAGAUCCUGCGUGGCAGCCCCUCGCAGCUCCCCCAGGGGGCGCUAGGCCUGCUCAACGCCGUCGCCGCCCAACAGCAGCAGCAGCAUCAGCACGAGCAGCAGCAGAAAGCGGCAGCAGCAGCGGCGGCGGCCGUGCUCAGGGACUCGCCAGGGCUGGUGUUCAGCCUGAGCGCUGACGCUAAGGGCUUCCUGCAGUCCCAGACCCCGUCUGGAGGAGGUGGAGGAGGGGACAAGAGCGGAGGUCACGGGACGCAGCAGUACUCCAGCGGUGGCACCACAGAGGUCAAGAGCUCCAAGGAGGAGUCCCAGUCACUUCUUCGGAGGCGGCGAGGCUCCGGCGUGUUCUGUGCCAACUGUCUGACCACCAAGACCUCGCUGUGGAGGAAGAACGCCAAUGGGGGCUACGUGUGCAACGCGUGUGGCCUCUAUCAGAAGCUGCACUCGACUCCCAGGCCCCUGAACAUCAUCAAGCAGAACAACGGCGAGCAGAUCAUCCGCCGGCGCACGCGGAAGCGCUUGAAUCCCGACACGCUCCCGUCUGAGUCGGUGGGUCCCAAGCAGCAGCGCGGCGGGAUCAACAGCGAGGAGCGUCUCAACGGCAGCCCCCUGGAGCGCCGGCCGGACGACUCGCAGACCCCUUCGGGCCCGGACACCCCCGUCGCCCCGCUGCGCUCCGACAUCCCGCACGGCCCGCUGAGCAAGUACGAGGGCUACGGGUCCCCUGCCGCGGCGGGCGUCAAGGGCCACCCCAGCCCGCGCUCCACCCACGCCUUCCUGGUCAACCAGACGCUGGAGAUCCAGAAGCGCAUGCCCCCGCUGCACCUCCACAAGAGCCCGCCGGACGCCGGGGGGCCGCUGGGAGCCGAGGGCAACAACGGCCUCGCUGCCCCCGGCUCGGACGGGCGGCGGCGCGGCAAGGGCGGCUCGGAGCGCGGCAGCCCCAUCGAGAAGUACAUGCGGCCGUCCAAGCAGGCCAGCUACUCUCCGCCGGGGAGCCCCAUCGAGAAGUACCAGUACCCCUUCUUCAGCCUGCCCUUCCUCCACAGCGACCUGCAGAGCGAGACCGACUGGCUGCGCUUCUGGACUAAGUACAAGAUGUCCGUGCCGGGCAACCCGCACUACCUGGGCCCCGUGCCCGGCCUGCCCAAUCCGUGCCAAAGCUUUGUGCCUUACGCCCCCUUCGGGCUCCAGCCUCACUUUCCACCCCCGCCACCUCCGUCCUCCGUCGGUCCAGAAAGCGACGCCCCACUCGACCUGGCCAUCAAACAUUCCAAGCCCAGCCCCUCGGUGACGCCAAACGGCGCCGGCUCAGGUGGCGCCAUCCCCCUCGGGCUUGCGACGCCGCCCGCCAUCGUCAUAGAGAGGAUCAACUCGGAGAAACGCUCCUCGCCUGCCGCAGCGGCGAUCGAGAAAGAGCGCGAGCAGCAGCAAAAACAGCAGCAGCUCAAACCAACAUCGAACAACGACGUGGACGAGGGCUCCACGAGGGCCCGGUCACCGCAGCCGCAGCCGCAGCGCGCCAGACCCGAGACAGCGGAGCAAGGCACGCAGGACGAGCUGUCCAGCAAGUGCGUCCGCUGCGGCAUCCUCUUCCUGGACGAGGUGAUGUACGCGCUGCACAUGAGCUGCCACGGCGACGGCGGGCCCUUCCAGUGCAGCAUCUGCCUGCACGCCUGCGCCGACAAGUACGACUUCACCACGCACAUCCAGAGGGGCCUCCACCGGCCGGCCAGCGAGCCGCCCUCCUCCGCCUCCACCCCGACCCUGACCCCGACUCCGACCCCGACGCCGGCACCGGCCCCAGGCGACAGCCCCCCACAAGAGUGAGCCAUCAGACGUCUAGGAUGUCCAGAACGACCCCGACGCCACAACGUGCAGCAUGAACUGCAGGGGGCGCAGUGGAGACAGUGCUUCAACACAGAACGCAUCCUCCCCUCACCCUAGACCCCCACCAAUUCCUCCAUCCUCAACUCCUCACACUUAACCCCCCAAUA